AUGCGCUGCGGGGACGGGGCUCCUGCUGCAGGCUGGCUGCUGACGCUGCUCACUCUGGCUGCCGCCCGGGGCACUGCGGUGCUGCUGCAGGGCGAUGGCUACGAUGGGCUACUCAUUGCUAUCAACCCGCAGGUGCCAGAAGACCAGAAACUCCUCGCAAACAUCAAGGAAAUGAUAACUGAAGCUUCUUUUUAUUUGUUCAAUGCUACACAAAGAAGAGUCUAUUUCCAGAAUAUAAAGAUUUUAAUACCUGCUACAUGGAAAGCAAACAGUUAUGGGAAACCAAAGCAUGACUCAUAUGAAAAGGCAGAGGUCAUAGUUGCUGCUCCUUAUUGGAAACAUGGAGAUGAGCCAUAUACCCUACAAUAUGGAGAAUGUGGAAACAUGGGAAAAUAUAUACAUUUCACACCUAACUUCCUAGUAAAUGAUUAUUUGAUUGAUGUCUAUGGAUCACGGGGCCGAGUUUUUGUCCAUGAACGUGCCCACCUUUGAUGGGGGAUAUUUGAUGAGUAUAAUAAUGAAAAACCUUUCUAAACUGGACAAAAUCAAGUUAAAGUUACAAGGUGCGCGUCUGACCUUACAGGGAUCUACAUCUGUGAAAAAAAAUCCUGCACUGAAGGAAAUUGUGUCAUCAAUCAGUUGACGGGACUUUUUAAGGAAGGAUGUGCAUUUAUUCCUGAGAGAACUCAAACUGCAAAGUCAUCAAUAAUGUACAUGCAAAGCUUAUCAUCUGUUGUUGAAUUUUGUAAUGAAGGUAACCAUAAUAGAGAAGCUCCCAAUCUGCAAAACAGAAUGUGUGACUAUAGAAGUACAUGGGAUGUAAUAAUAAGCUCUAUGGACUUCAAUAACACCCUUCCAAGGACCGACGCCAGCCUCCCACCUCCUCCUACCUUCUCAUUGCUACAGAAGAGAGACAGAGUGAUCUGUUUAGUUCUUGAGGUUUCCCACAGCAUGAAUGGGGAUGAUCGGAUCAAUCGACUGCGUCAGGCAGCAGAAUUCUAUCUACUGCAAGUUGUUGAAGACAAUUCUUAUGUUGGUAUUGUCACCUUCAAUAACGAAGGAGAAAUCAGAAGUCAGUUGCAUCAAAUAGUCAACAAGCACGUACGGAAACAGCUUGCUUCUUACCUACCCACUGCAGCCCCUAGUGGAGGAACAAACAUUUGUGUGGGUCUGCAGCUGGGAUUUGAGGUGAAGUAGUGCAAGCACUAUUUCUAUGGAAAUAUAUAUGGUUCUGAAAUUAUAUUACUGACAGCUGGAGAAGACGGUGGGAUAAUUGAAUGCUUUUCUAAUGUAAUUAACAGUGGCUCGAUCAUUCACACCAUUGCUCUUGGCCCAUCUGCUGCUAAAGAAGUGGAACAAUUAGCCCAUGAGACAGGGGGCUUAGCGUGUUUUGCCUCAGAUAGACUGGACUCCAAUGACCUAAUUGAUGGUUUCAGUGCAAUUUCAACAGGGAAUGGAGAUACUUUCAGUCAUUCCAUUCAGAUUGAAAGUGCUGGUGAAAGGACUGAGAGCUAUAAGCAGUUUAGUAGGACAGUGACUAUUGAUAGUACAGUAGGAAAGGAUACCUUCUUUGUAGUAACGUGGCAGACUGCUGAACCACCGAGGAUCACUCUCCUUGAUCCCAGUGGAAAAAGCUACACCAAUAAGGACUUUGAGGUUAAUACAGUGUCGCAGGUAGCUCGUCUCCAGAUUCUGGGAAUUGCAGAGGUUGGGGAGUGGACCUACGCUCUCAUGAAUACUCACCUAUCCCUUCAAGCUCUAACUAUGACAGUGACUUCCCGAGCAGCAAACUCUAAUAUACCUGCAAUAAAUGUGAAAGCCCACGUCAGUAGUGAUAGAAAUGAAUACUCUAGAUCAAUGGUUGUUUAUGCACAAGUCAGUCAAGGACUUUCACCUAUUCUUGGAGCAAAUGUAACUGCCAUUAUCAAACCAGAGACUGGAGAUCCACUUAUCUUGGAACUUUUAGACAAUGGUGCAGGGUCAGACAUUGUCAAGAAUGAUGGUGUCUAUUCCAGGUACAUCUAUUCUUUCUCUGAAAAUGGCAGAUACAACUUGAAAGUACAUGUUCAAAGAGCUAACAAGACUGUCAGACCACACCCCACAGUGCCAUGGAGUCAUUCUAUGUAUAUACCCGGUUACGUAGAAAAUGGUAAGAUCCAGAUGAACCCGCCAAGACCCUCAGUUAUCAAUAAUGAAGAUAUUCAAACCAGAGUAGGUGGCUUCAGCAGAACAGCCUCAGGAGGCUCCUUCAUAAUGUCUGCAGUUCCUACUAGACCCCAUACUGAUGUGUUUCCACCAUGUAAAAUUAUUGAUUUUCAUGCCAGAACAGCCAACGAUGUGAUUAUUUUGUCAUGGACAGCAUCAGGGGAUGAUCUUGACCAAGGGCAAGCUGAAAUAAGAACAAGUGAAAGUCCUCUGGAACUAAGAGACAACUUUGAUAAAACUAUGCUAGUGAAUACUUCUGAUUUGACACAGCAUGCUGGGUACAAGGAAAUAUUUGUAUUUAAACCAGAAGCUUUUGCAACAGAAAAUAUCACCAUCAUCUAUGUGGCUAUACGUGUCAUUGAGAAAGCCUCCCUGCACUCUGAUGUAUCCAAUAUAGCACAAGCAGUGAAGUUUGUUCCCCCAAUGGAUUAUCUCACUGAUAAUGUUAAGUACAGUGUUUCAAGGAUAGUGUUGCUAGGAUUCGGGUUAAUAACAUCAAUUUGCCUUAUUACAAGUGUAACCAUAUGUGCUUUAAAGAAAAGGAAGAAAGUGGUUGUCACUGAAACAGCAACAAAUCUACUGUGA